AUGGAUGAUGAUGAAGUAAAAAGAAUUAAUGAGUCGGAAGAAAUUCUGAGUGACGGAGAAUCAAUAAUAUCUGACGAAUCUGAUAGCGACGAUUUUGAGUUUGAUCGUACACAUUUAACAAACGACGAAAUUUCUAUAAAUUCUAAUAAUAUUUUUGAAGCUUUAGAUAUAAACUCUUCACCUAUAGUAUUUUAUGAUGAAUUUAUUUUAAAUUUUAAAAAUUAUGAGACUGAUAAUGCGAUUGAGAUUAGUAAUAAAACAAUAGAUGUAGAUAAUUAUGAAAUGACCGACGAUGAAGAAACUUUGACUGCUAGGAUUCACAGAGAUGGGUUGAUUUGGAACAAUGAAUUUAGGCACUAUGAAAGAGAUGAUUUAUUUGUCGAAGCAACCGGGCCAACUGAAGACAUAAAUGAAAAGUUAGUAGAUCCAAUUAGUGCGUUUCAACAAAUAUUUCCUGAUACAUUAAUCGAUCAUUUAGUAUACCAAACAAAUUUAUAUGUAAUGCAAACAAAUGGAAUUAACACAAAACCAGCAUUCUUUAAUGAGAUGAAACAAUUUUUGGGAAUAAAUAUACUUAUGGGAAUUAAAAAAUUACCAAGUUAUAGAAAUUACUGGAGUUCUAUAUGCGAAAUGAGAGAUACAUAUAUAUCUUCGAAAAUGCCAGUGAAUAGAUUUGGAUGGUAUUUGUCAAAAUUGCACGUGAAUGAUAAUUCACUUAUAAAAUCCCGUAAUGAACCCGGUUUUGGCAAACUAUUCAAAAUAAGACCCAUUCUAGACAAUCUAACGGUAACAUUCAAAUCUUGUUAUAACCCUACGAGAAUCCAAUCAAUUGAUGAGUCGAUGAUAGUAUUUAAAGGAAGAUCAAAAGAAAAAAAUUUGGGUGCUCGAGUUGUCAAUGACUUGGUGCAUGAUUUAGUCGGAAAAAAAUAUAUAGUGCAUUUUGAUAAUUAUUUCUCCUCUCCUAAAUUGAUGGCUGAUUUAUUAGAACAUGGUGUAUUAGCUUGCGGUACAACAAGAAAACACAGAAUUGAUUUUCCAAAAAAAUUUUCUGAUGAUAAAAAAUUAUCAAGAGGUCAAUAUGAGUGGCAAGCAACAGUUACGGGAAUUGUCGCCAUGAAAUGGAAAGACAACAAAGGUAUUCAUUUUUUGUUGAACUUUCAUGAGCCCACUCAGGAAAAUCAUGUAAAUAGAAAACAAAAAGACGGAACAAGUCAAAUCAUCAUUUGUCCUCAACUUGUAAAAGAAUACAGUGCCCACAUGGGGUAUGUUGAUAAGGCUGAUAUGCUAAUGACCUUGUACAAAAUUGAUCGUAAAACUGUUGCCACUGCAUUGAUUGGUAAUACAAAGCCUUCACCACGCGGAGUUAAAAAACCAAUAAAAUUUGAAAAUAAUUAUAAGCCCAAAGUAAUAUAUGAAAAACGUUUCAACGCCGCCGAACAUAWGCCUUUAAGAAGUGGAUCUAGUAGAUGUGCUUUUUGCAGUUCUAAAUCCGAAUCUCAUCGCAGUAAAUGGUCCUGUUCAAUAUGUGAAGUUGCAUUGUGUCUCAAUGAAACCAAAAAUUGUUUUAAAGACUAUCGUACUAAGUAA